AUGGCCAACGUCGCUACUUCCUACGCCGAUCCGGUGCACAUUGCCGUCAUCGGCGGCACCGGCCUUCAAUCGCUGCCGAACUUCACGCACGCCGCGACGCUCAACAUCAGCACGCCAUGGGGCCAGCCGUCGUCGCCCAUCUCGAUCCUGCAUCACCCGUCGCCGGCCACGGGCGAGCCCAUCGCCGUGGCCUUCCUGUCGCGCCACGGCCUGAACCACGAGCUGGCGCCGCAUGAGGUGCCCAACCGCGCCAACAUCGCCGCGCUGCGCAGCAUCGGCGUGCGCACCAUAAUCGCCUUCAGCGCCGUGGGCAGCCUGCAGGAGGAGGUGCGGCCGCGCGACUUCGUCGUGCCCGACCAGAUCAUCGACCGCACCAAGGGCAUCCGCCCCUUCACCUUCUUCGAGGGCGGCAUGGUCGGCCACGUCGGCUUCGGCGACCCCUUCGACGAGGGCAUCGCCAAGAUCGUGCGCCAGUGCGGUCACAGCCUGGAGGGCGAGGGCGUCACUCUGCACGACCGUGGCACAUUGAUCUGCAUGGAGGGCCCGCAGUUCUCGACCCGCGCCGAGUCGAACCUCUACCGCAGCUGGGGCGGUACCGUCAUCAACAUGUCGGCCCUGCCCGAGGCCAAGCUGGCCCGCGAGGCUGAGAUCGCCUACCAGAUGAUCUGCAUGGCCACCGACUACGACUGCUGGCACACGACCGAGGACGUCAACGUCGAGAUGGUCAUGGGCCACAUGAAGGCCAACAGCGAGAACGCCCGCCGCUUUAUCGGAGCCGUGCUGGACGCUCUAAGCGCCCAGGAGCACAGCGACCUGGUCCUGGCUAAGCACCUCGAGCAGCAGUCCAAGUUCUCGGGCAGCAUCACCAAGCCCGAGGGCAGGAAGCAGGAAGCGGUUGAGAAGCUGAGCUGGCUGUUCCCCGGCUACUUUGAGUAG